AUGUCUUCCCCCAAGAUCAUUCUCUACACCAAUCGCACCUGCCCCUGGGCUCAUCGCGCCCACAUUGUUCUCCAGGAGCUUGGUCUUCCCUUCGAAGAGGUCACCAUUGACUUGGACACCCCACGCGAGCCAUGGUAUCUGGAAGUCAACCCGCGCGGUCUUGUUCCCUCCCUCUCUUACAAUGGUGAGGUUAUCACCGAAUCCGGCAUCGUCGCUCAAUUCCUCGCCGACGCAUACCCCUCCCACCUCGUGCCCCCUUCAAACACCCCCGAGGGUGCUCUGCAGCGCGCCCGCAUCGCCUUCUUCGUCGACACCUACUCCAGCAAAGCUGCCCCGCACUACAACGCUGCCCUGCGUGGUGCUACCGAAGCCGACCGCAAGGCCGGCGUUGAGGGAUACGUAGCUGCUAUCAAGAAGGAGAUCGAGCCGCUCCUGUACCAGGGAUUGGAGGGGAAGGAGCACGGACCUUUCUUCGGUGGUAGUGACAAAUUGACUUUGGUGGAGGUGCUGCUUGGUUCGUUCCUAAUUCGUCUGCACGCGUUCGCGGAUAAGGAGGCUGGACUGAUUGAUCCCGCAAUCUGGGAGGGAUUGGCGGAGGCGAAGAACUUCAACCGUUGGGCGCAGGCUACUCGGGAGCAUCCUAGCGUCAAUGGUAUCUUCGAUGCUAAGGCGUGUGCUGACAGGACGAAGAAGAAGCUUUUGGCGAACAGGAAGUAG